AUGCCCGCCCUCACAGAACGCCAAUCCAAAGUGGUAGGCGCUCUCCUCGCCCUCCACGCGGGCGACUCCCUCGGGGCCAGCGUCGAGUUCGAAUCCCACGCGCAAAUACGCACCCGCUACCCCCACGGCCUUGGCGACAUCGUCGGCGGCGGACCCUUCUCCUGGCCCGUCGGCCACGCCACCGACGACACAGACAUGACGCGCGGCGUGGCCCUGGCCUACCGCGCCGCCCGCGGCAAGCCGGGCCACGACGUGGCCGGGGGGGCGGGAGACAACUUUGUAAACUGGUACACGGGCGACUGGCCAGGCAGGAAGCCCGGCUCACGGCCCGUGGACAUGGGAGCCGCGACGAGGGCAGGGCUGGACAAGAAGCCCGGCUCACGGCCCGUGGACAUGGGAGCCGCGACGAGGGCAGGGCUGGACAAGUUCGCCGAGACGCGGGAUCCCGAUCGCAGCGGCGCAGGGAGGGGGAGCGCCGGGAACGGCAGUCUGAUGCGGUGCUUGCCCACGGGGCUGUUCCAGCGGGACCCGGAUAAGCUGGUGAGGGAGAGCGUGAGGAUCAGCAGGAUCACGCACGACGACGAGAGGUGUACGGUUUCGUGUGCCGUGUACAACCGCAUCGUGGCGGCGCUGAUACGGGGCACGGCGCCGGAGAGCGCCGUCGAAGCCGGGCUAGUUCUGGCCGAGAGGCUGGAGGGGAAGAACGGGCUCGUCUCGCAGGCCGUCGAGCUGGGCACGAGGGUGAGCGUCGAGCGGAUGGCGAGCCAUGGCCCUGACACGGCGGAGAUGAAGGGGCGCUGUGCCGGGUAUGUGCUGGAGACGUUGGCGGUGGCGGGUGCCGCGGGUUUGGACAGGAGGAGCUUGGAGGAUGUGCUGGUUGAUGUGGUGAGGAUCGGGAAGGAUACCGAUACGAAUGCUGCAGUGGCGGGCGGGUUGCUGGGAGCGAGGGAUGGCGUUGAGGCUAUUCCGGCGAGGUGGAGGGAGUUGUUGCAGUUUGGGGACGAGUUUGCGAGGAUCGGUGUUGAGUUGACGCCCGCGAGGAGCUUGGAGGAUGUGCUGGUUGAUGUGGUGAGGAUCGGGAAGGAUACCGAUACGAAUGCUGCAGUGGCGGGCGGGUUGCUGGGAGCGAGGGAUGGCGUUGAGGCUAUUCCGGCGAGGUGGAGGGAGUUGUUGCAGUUUGGGGACGAGUUUGCGAGGAUCGGUGUUGAGUUGACGCCCGCGUGA